UUUUUCUGACCGGAGUCGGUAGUCUUCUUCAUCAACAAUAUCCGUAUCGAAGCCUUCAACAAGCGCUUUACCUCUGCAAACAGCGACGACAUAAGCACAAGAACAAACACACGAAGAAUCCUUUUCUUCUUUCAUUCCUUCGCAACUCCAUCACACUCCACUUCUACCUUCUUCUCUCUCGUUCUUGAGUGUAUCCUCAAGACGUCCUUCUAAUCUCAUCGCUUCUACAAGAGCCUUGCGCAUCAUCCACAAGUAUCGACAUAUAUAACUGUCGCAAUGUCUGACGCUGCUGUGAAGCCCAACGCCUGGACCGAUGAGGCCAAGAACGAGCUUCUCCUGCGUAUCAUCGCGCAGUUGAAGCCCGAGGGCAAGUCUAUCAACUGGUCCGAGAUUAACAUGGAAGGCCGUACCGUCAAGAGCCUUCAGAACCAGUGGACCUUUUUCAAUAAAAAGCUUGAGGCCUUCAAGACCCAGUCAAACGAUGGCAGCACCCCUUCUACUCCCGCUAAGAAGGCGACUUCUGCUCGCAAGCGGGGCCCGAAGGCCAAGAAGGUCGCUCCCGAUGACGACGAGGUGUACGAGAGCCCCAAGGUGACCCCUCGUAAGCGUCGCGCUCCUAAGACCCCCGAGAGCGACUCAAAGGCCGUCAAGAAAGAACUUAGCGAGGCCGUCGUCAAGGAUGAGGAAAUGGAGGAUGACCGCGACGUCGAUGGAGAGGUCUAGGCUCUUAUCUUCUCUCUAUGGUGCCGGAUAACUUCGUCGCCAAAGUCUCCAGAAACGUCAGAAGAAGACAAAGUCUACCUAGUAUACCAUUGUGUUCAGGCUUAGGUGAAGGGGGUGGGUUCACAUCUAGCAGGGCAGAUAGGAGCUAUCAUAUGUGGUCUCUUUGAUGACCAUGGAAGCUAGUAUACAUAUUAGCUGAUAAACAUAUACUGCCUCUGCAAUAUCUCUGGAGUCUUUGAUUAUGUGAUAAUGAGGAAGCCCUAUCUAGAAUGUCGCGAUGCCUGUCCGACCCUAACAUCGACU